AAGCACAAAAAAACAAUUUUGUAAAACUAUAUUCGAAGCGGUCAGACGUUUGAAGAUAAAAGAUUUAUAUCGUUAAAAUGGGUCAGUGUGGAAAUUUGGGACUUUUGAUUGGAGUUGCGGCAACAGUCGGAAUUUUGUAUUGCCUCGGAUCAAGAUAUUGGAAAGUAAAUUCCCAAGUUUCAUCACAACAAGUAAAUCGUGGAAUACAAUCUUACGAAGGAUUAUGGGUAAGAUGUACGAGCUACAUUCCUGGACAAUUCCAAUGCGACAACUUUGAUGAAUCAUAUUUGGCGUUGCCAGCUCCACUUCAAUGCCAACGUGCCUUCAUGGUUAUUGCCGGAAUAUGCUGUGUUGCUGGUCUCGUGGCGGGAGCAAUGGGCCAAGAAUGUAUCCACGCUGUUAGUGGUAAACCUAAAAUCUGGUCCGCUAGGUCUGGCGGUAUUCUCAUGAUCGCUGCAGGAAUUUUAACAUUGGCUUCUGUGUCAUGGUAUGCCGCCGAAGUUGUGCGCGAGUUUUGGAUGGACCAGGUUAACCAGUCUUCUUUCCAAUAUGAAUUCGGAGCUGCUUUGUAUAUUGGCUGGAUUGCCUCGGGACUUGCAUUGAUUUCCGGAUGCUUGAUGGCUUGUUGCACUUGUGGAGAACCAGAAGAUGAAGCUGACGGAUACAGAUACACCUACAACCCACCAAAAACCCAGCCUUCAAGAAACACAGAAUAUGUUUAAACAGAGCACAAGAUAAACUGAGAAGCAAAAAAAACUUUAGAAAAAAUGCACUGAAAAACUGAACUGUUUGGAGUCAAUUACUCAGCUGUAAAUUGAACUUAGAAGCAUAAGAUUUCUUAUUAUAUUUGAUGAUCUAAAUUGAUUCUGCAUACAUUUUUGUUUGAUAUCCUAAAAACUUAGCACACAAAACCGUCCCAUAGUUCUUGAAGUACAACUGAACGAUGAUAUGUUUUAUAUGUAUACGUUUCGUCAUUCAAACUCACGCCUUCCUGUGGUAUUACCAAUUUGAUUUGAUAUAUUUAACUUAGUAUACAACAUUUGAGUCAAAACCAUUGAUUGGUUUCAAAAUUAAAAAGUUCUCUUUUGUAUCGAGCUCGCUUGGAUCAGGUUUCAUCAUUUCAGAAAACCAUACCAAACCUAAAGUUCCAAAAAUGGGAAUGGAUUCUCUGAUAUCAUGACGAUUUGCACAAUCCCCCGAAAUCGCAACCCCACUACUCCAUUGUUUUGUAUUACAAAUACCUAAAAAUUUACAUUUAUUUGGAUUUUUUUCUUCUUCUGAUAACAUUUCUUGCUUCCAUUUCUCAAACCUAGCGUUGAAGAAUGUAUAUAGCCGUUCAUACGCCGGCGUAUUGAAGCAACGUGUAUAUUGUUUUUUCCGUGUAGACCUGUUUUAUUUCAUUUUUCACAUAAAAAUACAAAAAAUAAAAAUCGUUCAAAUUAGUGGUUUAAUUGGCUUACAAACAUAUCAAAAAUUUUCAUUCAUUAUAUAUUAAUUUAUAUAUUGUCUUAUAGGCUUUGGAUUUUCUGUAAUAAAACAU